GGGGUCACCACUAAACUUCCCAAAUUCAAUUAAUCUGCAACGUAUAAGAUCCUUUUUGUCCCACAACGUGCCAUAAUCUAAUCGAAUAUUUUGGGGGAAGCAAAACAAAUCACACACAAACAUAUGCUCUCUUUUGUCUUCUCUUCUUGUUCCCGAUCUUUCCUGUGCUUUGCUGUGUUGUUUCUAGUUGGUACUACAUCAAGUUGACCACUUUCAGGCACCACCGCGCUCCGCCGCAGUUACAGUCGGAGUAAUCUUACAUCAUAGCCGAUACGCUUUCAAAUCAAGAACGAUAAAGGGUAAACAUUGUUCUUCAAAAAAGCAAGAAACCAUGGCUGCUGUCCCUCAGUUGCAAAGGCAGUUUAUCGAGUACACAACAUCUUUGUAUAAUGAGGGGUAUCUUGAUGAUCAGUUUACACAACUUCAGAAACUGCAAGAUGAGAGCAACCCAGAUUUCGUGGUUGAAGUGGUGUCUCUUUUCUUUGAAGACUCGGAAAAGCUUCUUAACAAUUUGGCAACUGCUCUUCAGCAGAAGACUGUGGAUUAUAAACAGGUUGAUUCUCAUGUUCACCAGUUCAAGGGUAGUAGUUCCAGCAUAGGGGCACAACGAGUCACAAACAUGUGUGUUGUCUUCAGAAACUACUGUGAGGAGAAAAAUCUUGAAGGGUGUAUGCAGUGUCUGCAGCAAGUGAGACACGAGUAUGUUCUCGUUAGGAACAAACUCGAAGCCUUGUUCAGGUUGGAGCAACAAAUCUUGCAGGCUGGCGGAUCGGUCCCUAUGAUGGAAUAGGUUCGUACCAACUGAAGUCCAAUGGUUGGGAAUCGAAACCUAGGAUGGUAGAGGAGAUUAUGUGAAUAACAUUACUAUUACUAUUGUUUUUCAUCCGAAAUAUACUAAUAUGAUUUCUGGCAUCAACUUCUUGUGUUUGAGUCCGAGUCUGACUAGAAUGAUGGGUUGGUUAUCUUGUUUUACCUAGACGAUGAUCUUUGAUUCGUUAUUAUUAUAAUGUUGUUUCUUGUGUGAA